AUGGCAACCAUCUACCAGCUUGCGGGGCGUCUCGAGUCCGACCUCCCGCUGACGGUGGAGGAGAUCACGUUCUGGUCGCAGGAGAGCGACAUUGACCGGGCGGCCGCGUUCUACGGCCCCGACCUCGCGGAGGCGAAGCGGUGCGCGCAGCGCAUCUCGGAGACGCUCGUCACGAAGUAUUUGAACAACCCCGACAAGGCGGCGGUGCCGCUGGAGAACAAGUCGCGUGUGUGUCUCAUUCUGAACAACUUCGCCCUCCACAAGCCCAUUCGAGGCUGCGUCUUCGAGGUGCUGGACAAGCUGGAGGUUUUUUUUGAGGAGUCGAUCAAGGAAGAGGCAAGACUGAAGUUUAACCCCGAGCUGGGGCGCAUGUCAGAGCACGUUGCGGUGCUUCUCAUGCGUGUGACGGGGUACAAACUGAAGGCGGCCAAUGUGCUGGAGUUUACGGACGGCAACACACAGUUUUCUGUGCAACUGAUGCUCGCGCUGUUACUGAAGGAGCCUGCGUACGAAAUGGGACUUCUGUGUAACUGCAUCACCGCCCUUCUCGGCUUUACGCAGCCGCAGGCCUUCUUUGAUUCCUCAAAGGCAGUGGAGGAGACGUCUUGCUUCUCAUUCACGGAGAAAAUAGACUUCAUCUUGCACCUGAUGCUUCGCCUAAAGGCGGUUCAGUCCCUCAGUGAUGUCUUGACUGAGCAACUGGAUGAAAUGGAAGUGAUGACGCCGCUGCUGCACGUCGCCACCUGCAGCGCCAUGCGGUGUAUCAUGAAUAUCUUCCGCUUUUCCUCCGAAAAUUCGACGCAGUGGCGGAAGCACAUUCUGCUCUCCACCACCUUCCUGGACCACUCUGUGACGCUUUACCUGCUUAUGCAGUGCGACGCCCUGCAGCGGAGCCUGGAGGGGACGGGCCCGGAACUUAGCACCGAAAUGUUGCGCGGCAUCUCACUAGGGUAUAAGUUUGCCUCCUUGUGCACCUUUCGUAUGAACCGCCACGCCAGUGUGGUGCGCCUCUUCUCCCUCUACCUACACGACAUGCUGCAGCUUUCGAUGCAGCACGUGCGACGGGACAGCCCGGUGGCCGGUGCCCUCAUGCGCGUGUAUGUGGACAUGUUCCACUUCAUGUCCAACAUAGACGCUCUUGGCGGGGAGGAGUAUAUUUCUCCUGCGGAAAUCCCCAAUGAAUUACUGAGCGCGUCGCUCUUGAAAUCGAUCGAGGCGUUCUUGCAGCGCGAGGUCGCCCCAGGCGGGUUGGCGUGGGUGCAGGCGUGGCACACCGCCCUCAAGACGGUGGAGGCAGACACCCUCGUCGACCGCGGCUCCCGCACCUUCACCACGCUGGAGAGGCUCUUCGGCGACUUGGAGGCGAGCGUAGCGGCGCAGACGCCGCCGCCCGUCCCUGCGCCUGCGGCCGGCCGUGGCGGACACCGCUUCCUCGGCGAGCUGCCCUCUCUGCGCCCGAAGCAGGUGCAGGCGAAGGUGCCCAUCGAGACCGCCGCCGCCGUGGAGGACACGCAGCAGCGCAUCGCGGUAGUUCGCAGGGACGUAAUUGAGGGCGUGGACCCCGUCAUGCUCUGCGCCCUCACCGGCAACGUGAUGAAGAACCCGGUCGUGUCCCCGUACGGCCACACCUUCGAGCAGCAGGCGAUCCUCGCGUGGAUUGCGCAGAACGGCUCCGUUUGCCCCAUCACUGGCAAGCCGCUGCCGGCGGACGCGCUGAAGCCAAACAAGGAGGUGGCGGCGCGCAUCAUGAAGCAGGUGAUCCAGCAGAGCAUGGCCGCGUACAACCAGGAAAACGAGGCGGACCUCUACGACUUUUAG